AUCGGCCUAUACAAGUAGCUGCAAUACAACUAACUAUAAACAAACAUCAUGAAGACUUUCAUCGCACUCUCUGCCUUGGUGGCAUUAGCUGUGGCUAACCCACUACCCUUGGUGCAGAUCAUAGUUAAUGUGGAUGCACCCUCUAACGGGAACCCCGUUUCCAUCAUAGACGAAGAACCAAUUGUCGUUGGUCCCAUUGUCUUGCCUACACCUACUCUGCCCGUCAUCGACCCAGCACCGCAUCCCGUCAUCGUUGUUGAAAACGCACCAGAAGUUGUACCCGACCCAAUCAUUCUCCCCGAACCUGUUCUUCCCGAACUUGUACCUGAGCCCAUUGUACUCCCUGAGCCUGUUCUACCUGAAUUAUUGCCUGAGCCCAUCGUGCUUCCCUCGCCCGCCCUUCCUGAGAUUGCCCCCGAACCCAUAGAGCUCCCUGAGAUAGUACCUGAACCCAUCGUAGUUCCCGAGUUUGUGCCUCAACCCAUUGUAUCUCUUCCUUACAUUAUUCCCCAGCAGGUAGCUCAGCCUCUUCCUGCUAUUAUUAACUAAAUUAGUUAUUUAAAAUCCUGCUCAUCACUUCUACACUUACUGCUGGCCGUUCUAUAAUAAAUUG